AAUAGAUAAAUACUGUAAACAAAGAAUUCCAUUCCAAUAUAUUUAAUGACACAUUAAAAUGAGUAUUUGUGCUCUAGACAAAGAUACGGCAAAACUUAUAACCACUACACAAAUUAUAACUUCAGUAUCCACUGCUGUAAAAGAGUUAAUAGAAAACGCAUUGGAUGCUGAUGCUAAAAGCAUUGAGAUUAAUUUGAUAGAUAAUGGAACUACUCUAAUAGAAAUAAAGGAUGAUGGCUGUGGUAUUUCCAAAGCAGAUGCACCUAAUAUGGCUCUGCCAUCUUACACAUCAAAAAUUCAUAAUUUGUCUGAUUUGGACACUUUAAACACAUAUGGAUUCCGAGGUGAAGCAUUAUUUGCGCUAAGUGCAGUAUCGGAUCUUACAGUUAUAACAAAAACAAAGCAAGAUGAAGUUGCUGUAUUGUAUACCAUCGAUCAUGGUGGACAUAUUAUCAAUUCUGAACCUUGUCACAGAUCUACUGGUACAACUAUUCAAAUUAGACAACUAUUUAAACAUAUACCAGUACGAAGACAAAUAAUUACCACUCAGAGGAAGGCUAAUCAGGAUAUUAAAAUAUUAGAAUUCUUAAUCAAGAGUUAUGGAAUGUGUAAAUUUUUGGUACGGAUGAGUUUCAAAGUGGAUAAUAAUAUUAUUUUUAUGAAACCUAGUGUAGCUACUCUGGAAGAAGCAGUAACGUAUAUUCUAGGUAAAAAGGUGACAUCUAAUAUGACUUGGAUAAAUGCUGAAAAUACAGAGAUUAAUAUGAAAGUAAUGGUACCUUCAAAAGGAACACAGAAUACUGUUGAAGUGUUUCAAUCUGGAGCACAAUACAUUUUUGUGAACAAUAGACCAAUUAAACAUAAAGAAUUGGAGAAGAUUUUAACUAAAACAAUAUUAGAAGCAAUAGGAGAAGAUUCAGUGUCAAAAAAGAAACCAAUAUUUUUUCUGUACCUUUUAAUAAGUGCUGCAAAUAUUGAUGUUAAUUUAGAGCCAAAUAAAUCUUCCAUUCUGUUUAAAGAACAGCAAAUAGUUUUCAACACAGUAGACAAAUAUAUCAAAGAUUUUUAUGGGAUUCAAAGAGAAGUACAAGAAGAAAAUCCUUGCAAUGUGUCUCUCAAUGAUUAUCAGGAGUAUUCGCAAAAAAUAAGCAUUAAUAAUCAAGAAAAUGAAUGGCCUGCAUGUAAAAAAAGAAAAGUAUGCAUAGAAAAAUCUGAAGAAAAAUGUAUUCAUUAUGAAUCUGAACUUCAAAAAUCUGAUGGCAAUUCAGUUAACGAUCUGAACCCUGCCAGUGAUAAUAAUUAUGAAUGUAACAAACAAGCUCCAAUGGACAAAAAUGGCCAAAAUCAUGAAAAGAAGAGCGGCGAUAAAUGCGAAGAAAAUUUAGAAAAUUUGAACAGUCCAUUCCCAGUUUUAGAUCUAAGCGAGACAGAUUCAAAUAAUUCGCAGAACUUCACAUUAGUUUGUGAUAAUUCUGAUAAUUUAAUGGAUUCAAUCACGGAUAUUGCAAACGAAAAUACGCCUGAUAGCCCCCAAUUUGAAUUAACCCCACAUUCUGAAACAUUUAGUCAAUUACCUAUGGUAGAUUUAGGUGAAGAUUUUGACUUUAGAAUUUGUUUGGCAAAUGAUAAUAUAGAUAAAAGUGAAAAAGAAAACAAGGUAGAAAAUACAAAUCCAAGAGUUCUACAAUCAAAGAAUGAUAAAUCAGUUACACCAAAGUGUGCUACAUUGAAAGAAUGGAGCAAGGGACAUGUUUCUGGUUUAAAGGGAGGUACAGACAUACAACCUUACAAGGUUGAUACAGAGGCAAAUAAAUUAUCGGAUAUCGAAUCAUACCAUGGAAAUGUAUGCAAAGGCUUUGUUAAAUUUUCCAAAAAAUAUAGACUGCAAAUCAUAGAACAGCAGCCUAAUAUGACAGCACCUCAAAUUGCAUUGGCAGUAACCGAUGCAUGGAAGAAAUUAUCGCCAGAGGAACGUGGUUAUUACAGAGAUAUUGCACAAGUGGAAGAAGAAGAGUAUAUUGCAAAGAAACAGGAAACAAAACAGAAACAAACAACUGAUGCUAAAAAACCUAAAAAUAGAGUAUUAAAAAAAUUAUUGGAAAAAAUGAAUACAAUGAAUGGUCAGAAUAGCCAAAAUUUAUUAGUGAGAACCAUUGUACCUUGGAACAUUGAUUUGAAAAAAGUAACUGAUAGUUUCCUAAAUAAUUUGACGUAUAAUAAUACCAAUCUUGUUGUUGGGCUACUGUGCCCUAAUUUGUGGGUUGUUCACAAAUCUGCACACAUUUGGAUUUUAGAUGCAAUACGUUUAAAAAAUGAAUUAAACUUAUCCAAUAGAAAUGAAAAUGAGGAUAAUAUAGAGACAAUAGAACAACUUUUGAAGCAAUGGUUUUCAGUGAAAGAUGAUUUGUCAAUUUUACACCCUAUACAUUAAUAUAGAUUAGAAAUGUUUAUUUAAUAUAAUUUAUUUUUUUAUAUUUGAAAUAAAAAUUGUAUUAUCGGAUUCAAGUUUCAUUUGACAUUUAGAUUUUAGUAACAACAUACUUAAGUGUAGGUAAUGUUUCAGUAAUCUGUAUCGGAUUAUUUAAUUAAAAUAUGUUUGCCUUUGAUAACCCCAUUUUACCAAUUCAUAUGGACAUUUUUUUGUAUGGUAAAUGAAAUUUGGUACGUUUAUAGUUCAUUCAACCUGGAGGACUUUUCGUAAAUAAAACCACGUGACUACGUAAGAGCUAUGCUCGACAUAAAUACGAAUACAGGUAAAAUAUAGUAGAUAUCUACCAACAUUUCAUCAAGUGAUAAGUGAAUCCAAACAAAACCAUGUGACCAGUGCCUAAGGCAGCGCCGUUUGGUACUAGGUUGUUCUUCAAACACAUGAAAACUCGAUAAAAUUUUGAUAGAAUUUAUACAAGUCUCUAUUUAUUUAUAUAAAUGGCAAUGGGACAUUUACAGUUUUAUAUAUUUUACCUU